AUGGUCAGAGAUGUCGGUGGUUUAAAUGGCACUCGAAAUAUGUCUUUGGAGGAAAUUGUAGCUAUGUUCUUGUACACUUUGGCACAUCAUUUGAAAAAUAGGACAAUUAGAAGUCAUUUCUUUCGAAGUGGAGAAAGUGUUAGUAGAAACUUCCACCGAUGUCUUCUUGCCGUCUUAAAACUACAUACUCACUUGCUAAAAAAGCCGACACCUAUAACAGAAGAUUGUGAAAAUUGUUUAGGAGCCUUAGAUGGCACUCAUAUUAGUGUUCAUGUGCCAAGUGAGGAUAGAGCAAGAUAUCGGACAAGGAAAGGUUCUAUUGCUAUGAAUGUCUUUUCAAAUCAUAUGAAUGAGAUGAACAAGCACAUGUCUACCAUUGCAAGUGCCUUCUCUACUACACAACUACAUGAGCAAGCUAUCAUGGCUCGUGAAGAAGUUGAGGAAAAUCAAAAAAAAAAAUUGGUUAGUGAAUUGCUUCGCAUAGAAGGAUUGACAAGAUUUGAAGUAAUGGAAGCUUCCAAGAGUAUUGAACCAAACAGUUUUAGUCUGGUAUGGGGUUCUGAAUCCAUACCAUCCUGGUAUGGGGUUCCAUACCAUUCCAAUCCUGCUCACUGA